AUGUCGUGCUUUCAGGAGGGAUGUCCCAAACUGUGCCCACGCCCCCAGAGCCUGGGCACCAGUCUACAGCACAAUCUCUUCACCAGAACUGGCAGACAUGGGCACGGUUUGGACGUCCUGCAUGUCCACAGAUGGCUGGGCACUCAAUCCUCACAGAAUCCCACUGCUGAUUCCUUACACCCAGAGGAAGCAAUACAGGUCUCCACCCACGCUUACACUGUUUCUGACCUCUCUCUCUCUCUCUCUCUCUCUCUCUCUCUCUCUCUCUCUUUCACAGUAUGCCAAGGAACGGAUAACAAACUCAGCACACUUUCAGACCUGGACCAGCAGUACCGCACACUUCGCAAGGUCUAUGAGAACUGUGAGGUGGUCAUGGGAAAUCUGGAGAUCACUAGCAUUGAGAGGAACAGUAACCUUUCCUUUCUGAAGUCUAUCCGGGAGGUGACGGGGUACGUGCUGGUUGCCCUGAACCAGUUUGACUACCUGCCUCUGGAGAACCUGCGCAUCAUCCGUGGCAACAAGCUGUACGAGGGUCGUUACGCUCUGGCCAUCUUCCUCAACUAUCGCAGAGACGGAUACUUCGGCCUAAGGCAACUGGGCCUCAAGAACCUCACAGAAAUCCUGAAUGGUGGCGUGUAUGUGGACCAGAACAAGUUUUUGUGUCAUGCUGACACCAUCCACUGGCAAGACAUCAUCAGAAACUCACGUGCUGAGCUCCUUGUGGUUCCUUCUAAUAACAGUGGAAAUGGAUGCCGACGAUGUCAUAGAUCCUGUAACGGUCGUUGUUGGGGUCACCAGGAGGACCAGUGCCAAAGCUUGACUAAGACAGUGUGUGCUGAGCAGUGUGAUGGUCGUUGUUUCGGUCCAUACGUCAGUAACUGCUGCCAUCGUGAGUGUGCUGGAGGCUGCUCUGGGCCGAAGGACACAGACUGCUUUGCAUGUACGAACUUCAACGACAGUGGAGCCUGUGUGACACAGUGUCCUCAGCCGUUUGUGUACAACCCAACCACCUUUCAGCUGGAGCACAACCCUAAGGCCAAAUACACUUAUGGAGCUUUCUGUGUCAAAAAGUGUCCACAUAACUUUGUGGUGGAUCACAGCUCCUGUGUAAGAGCCUGUCCCAGUAACAAAAUGGAGGUGGAAGAAAACCGUAUCAAGAUGUGUGUCCCCUGCACGGACAUUUGCCCGAAAGUUUGUGAUGGUAUAGGAACGGGAAGCCUGCAGACGGCCCAGACAGUGGAUUCUAGCAACAUUGACAAGUUCAUCAACUGUACCAAGAUCAAUGGCAACCUCAUCUUCCUCAUCACCGGCAUCAAAGGAGACAUGUUCCAUGGUAUAGGGGCUCUGGACCCAGAGAGACUAAACGUGUUCCGUACUGUCAAAGAGAUCACAGGUUUUCUGAACAUCCAGUCUUGGCCAGAGAACAUGACAGACCUGGGAGUCUUCUCAAACCUUGCUGUGAUUGGAGGACGGUCCCUGUACAGUGGCAUCUCUCUGCUGAUCCUGAAACAGCGCUGGAUCUCCUCUCUGCAGUUCCAGUCUCUGAGGGAGAUCAGUGCUGGUAAUGUCUACAUCACCAACAACAGUCAGCUCUGCCUCUACAACACAGUCAACUGGACCAGCCUGUUCCGCACCAGCACCCAGAAGGCCCUGAUCCGCAACAACAGAGACCCCAAAGAGUGCACCCGUGUGCGAAUGGUAUGUGAUCGGCUGUGUUCAGAUGCGGGUUGCUGGGGACCAGGGCCAGACCAGUGUCUGUCCUGUCGAUUUGUCAGCCGUGGACGGACCUGUGUGGAGCUCUGUAAUCUCUAUGAUGGGGAUGUGAGGGAGUUUGUUAAUGGCUCAGUGUGUCUGGAGUGUGACAGUCAGUGUGAGAAGUCAGUGGAUAAGAGUCUGACCUGCUACGGCCCGGGUCCAGAUCAGUGUGUGAAAUGCCUGCAUCUCAAAGACGGGCCCAACUGUGUGGAGAAGUGUCCCAAUGGUCUGCAGGGAGCCAACAGCUUCAUCUUUAAAUACGCUGAAACCAACAAAGAAUGUCAUCCCUGUCACUCUAACUGUACGCAAGGAUGCACUGGUCCCAGGGUUCAAGACUGCAUGGGAAUAUUAGACAGGACACCACUGAUAGCAGCCAGUGUGAUCGGGGGGCUGUUUGUGGUGGUUAUUGUGGCACUGGGUGUGGCCAUCUAUAUCAGACGGCAGAACAUCAAGAAAAAGAGAGCCUUACGUAGAUUCCUGGAGACAGAGCUGGUGGAACCCUUAACACCAAGUGGCACCGCCCCUAACCAGGCUCAGCUUCGUAUACUGAAGGAGACGGAACUGAAGAGAGUGAAAAUACUGGGAUCUGGGGCCUUUGGUACCGUUUACAAGGGAAUCUGGGUUCCUGAGGGAGAGACUGUAAAGAUCCCAGUGGCCAUAAAGAUCCUCAAUGAGACCACAGGACCUAAAGCCAAUGUGGAGUUUAUGGACGAGGCUCUGAUCAUGGCCAGUGUGGAUCACCCUCACCUGGUUCGUCUGCUGGGCGUCUGUCUGAGUCCAACCAUUCAGCUGGUCACCCAGCUCAUGCCCCAUGGCUGCCUGCUCCACUACGUCCAUGAGCACAAGGACAACAUCGGCUCCCAGCUGCUGCUCAACUGGUGUGUCCAGAUCGCCAAGGGUAUGAUGUACCUGGAGGAAAGGAGGCUGGUUCACAGGGACCUGGCGGCCCGCAAUGUUCUUGUGAAGUCUCCCAACCACAUCAAGAUCACAGACUUUGGGCUGGCACGUCUGCUGGACGCUGAUGAAAAGGAGUACAAUGCGGAUGGAGGCAAGAUGCCCAUUAAAUGGAUGGCGCUGGAGUGCAUCCUCUACAGAAAGUUUACCCACCAGAGUGAUGUGUGGAGUUACGGGGUUACCAUCUGGGAGCUGAUGACUUUUGGAGGGAAACCGUAUGAUGGGAUCCCUACACGUGAGAUUCCAGAAAUCCUAGAGAAGGGAGAGAGACUGCCCCAGCCUCCCAUCUGUACCAUAGAUGUCUACAUGGUCAUGGUCAAGUGUUGGAUGAUUGAUGCUGACAGCAGGCCCAGGUUUAAGGAGCUGGCAGCUGAGUUCUGCAGGAUGGCCAGAGACCCUCAGAGAUACCUCGUCAUCCAGGGAGAUGAUCGUAUGAAGUUGCCCAGCCCAAAUCACAGCAGGUACUUCCAGAGUCUCCUAGACGAGGAGGAGCUGGAGGAUCUGAUGGAUGCUGAGGAGUAUUUGGUGCCCCAUGCAGUUAAUGUACCUUCACCCUUCCGUACAUCCAGGCUGCGCUUGGAAACCAACUGGAACCAGUGUGUGUACCGAGACUUGGCGUCAUGCCCAAAGCAUGUAACGGAGUCCCACUGUCAUGAAGCAGCAAGCACGGCAAGUGCUGCCUCUGCUGCAGGAGGGAGUCUAGGGCCUGCGCUAAGCACUGUGGAGGACCAGAACUGCAACAGGAAGCGGCAGAAACAGACCAAGAUUCGUUCUGCUGAAGACAGCAGCGGCCAGCGUUAUAGUGCAGACCCUACAGCCUUCCUGAAUGAACGAGAACCUCGGGUAGACACCGAUGAAGAUGGCUACACGACCUCCAUAAAGCACAAGAUUCCUUCAGAUUAUUUGAACCCUAUUGAAGAAAAUCCCUUCGUAACACAUGGCAAAAACAGGGACAUUCAUGCACUGGACAACCCAGGCUACCAUAGCACCCCCAAAGUGCAGCCAAAGGAUGAGGACGAGUAUAUCAACCAACCCCUUUACCUCAACUCCUUCCACAAUGCAGCCAAAAUGGGCAAAGACACACAGAAGAAACCCAGCGUCUCUUUCCCAUUGCAAGUGACCACAGCAAGUGACACCACAGUUCCUCUCCCUACCCAGAUGGGGAAAACAAAUCACAAUAAAACAAACCAUGUUCAUUUUGUCCUUCCACCGGCUCAACCUACUCACAUGGAUUCACCGAAAAGUCAAAAUGGUCACCGUGGACAUUCAGCUGCAGGAGUCCAUGGCAACUACCCUGCCAAGGGCCUUCACACUACCUCAUCUGGGCAUCCUCAUCUCACCUGCCCUGUCAACCACAAAGCACAAUCCAUAGUCGUAUGCCAGUCUGGUCACUUGGUCCUGCAACCCCAAGUGGCCAAGCCGGUUGUCACAGGGAUAAGUAGUAUCUCUGGAUUGCCGGGCUUUCCCAUCCGGCAAGGCAGCAUGUACCAACCAGGCCAUCCAACCAUAGUGGUUGACAAACUGUCCAAGAGGACCUUUGACAAUCCAGAAUACUGGCAGCACAGUCUUCCCAUAAAGUCCACCCAGCAGAACCCUGAAUCCUCGCAGGGGUGCAACAACAACUUGUGCGGGCAGAAAGGACAGAGUCGGCCGGUCAGUGCUGAAAACCCAGAGUACCUGUCUGAGUUCUCUUUGCAGUCGGGACUGGUCCUCCCUCCCCCACCCUACCGGCAGCGAAACACUGUGGUGUAG